AUCGAUCAUUAAUUAAUAUUGCCUGCCAUUGGUAAAGGCAAUCAGCAUGCGCGCUGCUUCAAAGUUUCAGUGACCGAACACUAUAAAUGCUCAAAUGCACACUUGUUUUCCUUACAAGGGGAUCAAUUUGCGGUUCUUGACUACUCGAAAACACGCUUGAGUUGGGAAUUCAAAACAACAAUAGAAUCGGAAAGUUUGCAAUCACCUCCACCUGGCGACCUAAUAAAGGGGUCUGUCGUAUUCAUGCUCAGUGGCGUAUUUGCUCUCCUGUCGUUGAAAAUAAUUCGUGCUUCGCCCUUUGAAAUAUUUCAAAACAUUGAGUUGUUUGCGUCCACAGUAUUUUCUUUCGAUCAAGACUCGAUUUCUAAUGACAGUCAUUGAGAAUCGAAUGGGAUAUGAGAUAUUUGAAGGUUAAAGUGAUUGGCGACUCGACUGUGGGCAAAACAUCUUUGUUAUCUCGAUGGUAUCAUCAAAACUAUCCUCCACAAGACGAACCUGGUCAGAAACAACGCGGAAAUAGCUCGACUCUGCCUCCCGUAUUGGAGUCAUUCUUCGUCAACACGACAGUGAACAGUGAAGCUUACAUUGUAACUUUCUGGGAUACCUGUACCAUGAGAUCUUUCAAUGACAUGGACGUUGUCAAACUCAAGCCUUUGGAGUACGAAGACACUGAUGUUUUCAUCGCCUGUUUUGACAUCUCCAAUCCUAAGUCAUUCCAAAAYAUCUCAACAGUGUGGGUUCCUGAAAUGAGGUAUUAUGUUCCUGGUACACCGCUUGUUGUGGUUGGAAACAAGGCGGAUUUACGUUCCAGUGACUCCCUUCAGACACUAGUAAGCUGUGCUAAGGGGCUCGAACUUGCAAAACGUCUUGAUGCAGAAUAUCUGGAAAUGAGUGCUGUAACUUGUGAAGGACUAAAGGAAGUGAUUGAUACCGCUUUACGAAUAGCACUAUCAAGACCGAACAGUGUCGAAAACAAGCCAAAGCGAAAAUUCGCCAAGUUUAACGACAAUCCUGAUAAAGUCUUUUCUAAAUUGUAUGAACCUCCCUCCUUGCCCCGACAAGUUCCCGAAGAAAUUGUGAUAUCAAUUCCAGCCUCCACAUAUUCAUCAAACAUGAGAAAGCUACUAGUACACAAUUCCGCGGAUUGUUCGGAUUUCACCAUCAACUUCGAUCAGUGUAGCAUCCCAGUGCAUCGCAUCGUCUUAUGUAUGGCAGGGGAGUGGUUUCGAAAUCUGCUGUUAAACAAAACAGCAACAGAAACGGAGCUAAAAGGUCUCUUAAUUCCUCAUUUAUCUAACGAGGAGGACCAAAAGACUGUUCGUUUUGAAGCAUUUAAACGUUUUCUAGAAUUUAUAUACACGUUGGAAUUUGCAUUUGAUCAAAAGUCCAAUCAGGAAGUAUUAAAGGAAGUUUCCAAAAUGGCGCGAGCAUCGCAACUGUCGGAACUCAUAGAGUGUUGCACAAACGUCCUUAAUAAAGAAGACUAUCUCAACAGCAAGAUAUGCAGGCUUGCUAAUGAACACAGACGACAAACGGUGCGAGAUCUGUUUGUUAAUAAGCCGACACUAUCUGAUGUGACGUUUUCUGUCGAAGGGAGACAUGUUUUUGCCCAUAAAGCUAUCGUCAUGGCAAGAUGUGACGUCAUGGCCGCCAUGUUAGGCGGUGCGUUCAAAGAGGGAAGCACAGCAAAAGAACCGAUUCCUAUCGCAGAGACCACCGAAGAUGGUUUCCUUGAUCUUUUAGAAUACUUAUACACAGAUGCGCUUGCUGAGAGACCGUCAAGUGACUAUAGGCAGCUUCUUGURCUGAGUGACAGGUUUUGCCUUCCUCGACUACGCGCUGUCUGUGAGCUGUACAUUUCAAACCAAGUGAAGAAAGAAAUAAGAAAGAAACUCAAUUUGAGCACAGACACUUGUCGAAUUAUUCUUCAUACCUUACUAUUUGCUGAGUACCACAAUGCAACGCAGCUAUACAAAUGGUGUUGUUACAUCAUCACUAUCUACUACGCYAACUUYGAAAAACUCGAAGACCUUGCUCUGCUGAAACCACAAGUCAGAGCAUACUUGGAAAAUCACAGAUGGCCGCCGUUGUCCUACCUUGCGGAGCUGGAGGAGUUUAAGCGCAGAACAAAUAGAUAAUCAGUAUCCAGUAUUCAGGAGAUAGUUUUAAAACUGGAAAGGUUGAAAUGUGGAUUGACACACCAUUCGCGGUGCAGACGAACUUCACCGAGUAAACAAAAGCCAAAAAGAGCAAAAUACAAAAGUUUUAGCAUCUGGUUUUCAGCUUGCCAGUGAGGUAACAACAUUAGAAARUGAAACAAUAUGAAAAACGAACAAUGAAGCAAAAGUAAACUUUAGUAAAAUUUAGAUGAUAGCAUUUUAACUCAACAUCCCCAUGAGGAGCGCCAGUGCAACCGCUACGCCAGAGCUGGCAUCCUGUAUGGCUUACUGUCAGGACUGGUCCUUUGCACAUGGCCGCCCAACAUGAUAAUGACUCUAUAAUUGGAUAGAUCUCUCAAUCUGAAUAGUUUAUUACAAAUUCAAAUAAAAAAGACAGUUGUACAACCACAAAAUACAAGAUAAAUCCUAGUUUUAAGCUUAAUAAUGUGAAAAAUGCUCCUGUCCUCUUCUCUUUGAAUUCAUUUUGCGUUCAUCAAGGGUGCAAAAAAUUAAUAAAGAGAAUUGGAACAUGUCACGUACACUAUAAGUGUGCAUUAAUUGCUUUGAAUUUCCAUUAAAACACUAGCUUCUCUCAUUGUUUUAGUGUCCUGUUACAGGAAGCUUGUAUUUUUCAUUAUCACUAUUAAUGCUCUCAAUCUUUGAAAAGAAAGCCCAAAUUUUAUAUUUGAGAGAACGAGAAAGAUUAACACUUUGUACAUGACAACUAUUUGAAGACUACCCUUUUUCAGGCUUUUUCAGAGGAAGCCACACAAAAGGUUAGGCUGCCAAGGAGWCUAAGCCCWGUACCAGCCGGCACUUUUUUGCAGGUCUCAGCCAAUUAGAAUGCUCACAAUAUCUCCAUUAUAUAUAUUAAAAACAUCUAUUAAGAGAAUUCAUAUAUAAUGUUUUCACUUCCAAUUCGUUUUUUGCCGAUAUACAGUGCUAUUGCCAAAUGAAAAAGRCUACACGUAUAUCUUCACGUCUUUUAUGAAAAGAAAGGAAUGGAAUAAGAGUGCAUUAGGAACUGCUUAUAGCAGUUAAGCAGGCUGUUCAUUCUUGCAUACAAUGUAGUUCUAACUUUUCCUAUGGUCUUUGCCAAAAAUGUCUGUUUCAUGAUAGAUUUUUUGAAAGUACUUCAUGAAACCUUGAAGUUGCUCAUUCCAUUGUUAUGUUUUCUAUUUAUUUCUUUGUUGUUCAAUUUACAUCUAAACUAGUUUUGCAGUUUUAGCGUCCCCACUCUGUUAGACUAUUUCCCUUAAACUUUGCCUGCAAGAAGUAUUCUUUCUAGAGAGAGAAACAAAUUCUGGCUGCAUGAAAACUGAUUAACCCUCGAGUUAAAAAAUAGUAGUCUCUAAUUACAUUUUUGUUGAUAUCUCAUKUUGAUUUGGUUAUUGCACCUGGAUUAUUAGAUUUUUCAUCAGAGGUUAAUAUUCUUCACUCUAUUCACAUUUAAUAGAAUAUGAGAUAAACAAAUUAGCAAUAUGUAACAGCCUAAUAUGCUUAAAACAGUAUGUCAUGGGCUUCUGAUACUUAAUUAAGUAACAAUGCGCUAAAGAACUAGGGAACUCUCUAUUGUUCUGCGGCAUAGCAAGUUCCCCAUGUACGAAUGUCUUGGUUUUCACACUGAUUAUGUAUUAACC